CCAAAACCAAAACCAAAAAAGAAUAAACAAACUUUCGAUGACCACCACGUCCACUACCACCACCACUACUGAUAUCACCGGAACAUCAGAAUAUCAUAAACAGAUUCACAACAAUCACCAAGACAUGUUAGAACCCACUAACUACGAAAUCAAACAACCAGAAACAAUUCCCAAUCAAAACCACGAUGGAGAGACGACGGAUGAGAUUCAAGAUCAUCACAAACAGACCGAAGUUUCAAACCAUUCAAAAAGAUCAAUAAGUGUAGAUAGUGAUUCAUCAAUCGAAUAUGAAAAGAAAGUUAAAGAACCAGAUGAAUUAUAUCGAUUAGUACCAUCAUCAAGUUUAAGUCCAGUCUCACCCGAGAAAACUCAAGAAUCAGGUCAAUAUUCAAAUCAAACACCACAUUCAUUAAAGAGAAGAAGAACCGCUUUACAAUCUAAUCAUCAUCCUUCACCUAAACCGAUUAGACAACCAAAUCAAUCUCCUAUCAUCUUAACUAGUCCAUUAUCUUCUCAUCCUCCUACUCCUACUCAAUCUAAUUCGAAUAUCAAUUUAACAUUUGAAGUGGGUAAAGUAGUUUGGGCUGAUAUUGGUUGUACACCUCAGGAAAAGUAUUGGUGGCCUGGGAUCAUUGAAAAAUCUGAAUCAAUAGAUCAUCAAGAUGAAUUAGGAUCUCAAAAUCAUCAAAUGAUGAUACGUCUUUUUGAAGAAAAAGGUAAAAAAUCUAAAGCUUUAGCUAAAGAAAGAGUUCGAUUGAUUUCAAGUUUUAAUAAAGUCAAAGAAUUCAUAAUCGAUUUAGAUUUCCAACCACGUAAAUUCAAUCCGAUCUUAAAAGUUAAAGGCUUAUCACGAGAUUAUCCAACCGAACGUAGUCUUUCCAACAGUUAUGCAAUCGCAUAUGAAUGUCAUUCAGUUUAUGCAUAUGAAGAUGAUGAUGAAUUACCUGAUGUAGGUACUUGUAUGAUUCCGUUAUCUCAACAAACUAGAUCAGCUGUAUCUAAAACGAAAUCCACUCAAGAAACGAGGGAAGCAUCAGUUAAUUCAACUCUUUCGGAUGAUAAGAUCAUCGAGAUUGAUGAUGAUGAAGACGAAGAAGAUGAAGGACCAGAUCCCGAGAUUAAUAUUCAUGAUGAAGUGAUCCUUUCAAAGGAUAAACGGAAAGGACAAUAUUGGCCUGCUAGAGUGACGGGAUAUGUGGGGUUGAAGAUUGUUAAACAACCUGGGAAUCGAUCAAGGAAUGUGAAACCGAGGAAAGAAAAGUAUUAUCAUAUUAAGUUUUGUGAUGGUACACAAGUUGAAGUUCCUCGAUCAUAUUUUUUAACUUCAGAUCAAACUGAAUUUCAUCAAGUCUCGAUCGGACAAGUGACAACUAAUGAGAUUAAAUUUAAUAAGUUUAUUGAAGUUUUAGAACCUCAUUUGACUGAAAUCGAUUUUAUUGUAAAAGGAAAAUCAACUGAUCUUUCAAUCCAAUCACAACAUGAAACGUUUUUACUAAAUGUUAAAGGUAGAUCUUUGAUCCCACGUGAUGUGAAGUAUGGACGGUAUACUGAAAAGUUAAUUGUAGAAGUUGGACAUUUUUUAAGAGAUCGAUAUUUAACUUCAACCGAAUCGAAUGAAUAUGAUCCAGGUUUUCUAGAAUUAGAUGAUGCACAAAAAAGUCAAUACGUUUUUGAUAUUCUAGUACCACAAUUACUUUGGUUAGUCACAGUAGAACAACAUAAACAAUCAUUAUUAGAAGACGAAGAAGAUUCAACAGAAGCAUCGAUCUUGAAAAGAGCCCAAGAAUUAGCAUUAGCCGAAUUACAUGAUGCCGAUAUUGUAGACCGAGUGUAUGCAUUAAGGAAUUCAAACUCGUUGGGUCAUCGUCAGGGUCAUGGUCAUGCUCAGAGUGAUGAUGAUGAGAAUGGGAAAAGAUCAGUAGGUAGAUCUACUUGUAAUUCACAGAAAACGUUUGUUAAGUAUUGGGAUGGAUCUGAUAGUGGUUAAAAACAAGAAGAAUUAGGGUUCGAAAUUUUUCUCACUUUUUCAACAACAAAACAAAAAAUCACACAAAAAAAACACAAUCUGUAACUUUUUAGUCUAUCUGUUCUUUUGUUGCAAUCAUCGAUGAACUUCAUUCAUCAUCAUCAUCAUCAUCAUCAUUUUUCAUCUCUCUCAAUAGUAGUCAUUUUUUUUAAACCAUUUUUGUGAACAUUUGAAUUUGUAUUGAUCAUUUAACUUGGAAUCUAUCAUAGGUGUGUUUGAAGUUAUUCUUGAUAUGUUUCUUAUUGGUAGUUUUUGGUAUAUUGAAGUGUUUUGUAAACUUGAUUAAAUAUGAAUUAAGAAUUUCUUUUGAAACAUUAGAUUUAAAGAAUUAUAAGUUAUUUGAUUAAGAAGAUCUAGUUGAGAAAUUUUAAGAUGUUAAUCAU